UCUUUUAAAUGUUAAUCUUACAACCUUUUUCUUUGUGCGUAGUGCAUUGUUUAUGAUUCAUGGGGCAUCAAAUGCGUAUGGGAAGAGAAAGGGUUUAGCCCGUGAGGAGGGCACUUCACAUUUCAGAGGAACUAUAGGCAUAUGAAUUUCCAAAGGAGAUUCAUGCUGAGGCGCUUCCUGGGUGCUGCAAGAGUUUUUCAGCUUCCUCGCCAAAUUCCAUUCCUGAUCACAGGUAGCCAUCGUUACCCAAAUAUAAGAGCUUUUGAUAUUGUUUGUUUUGAUUAUAGACAAUGCUCUGCUUUUGGCUUUAGGCAUCUUAAACAAGGCAUUUCUUUAUCGAAAACCUUAGCAAUCAGUGAGGGGACUGAGAAAAAAGGAACUGAAAAUGAAGAUGUCCAUGUUGAUAGAAUUAUAAGCAUCCUUAGAGAUAAUGACCCCAUGCUCCCUAUUGAAGAGUUGCUGGCAAACAGCGGCAUUCAUUUUACCCCAGAGAUUGUAGAUAAUGUUUUGAAGAGGUGCUACAAAGUGAGGCAUUUGGGAUUUAGAUUCUUCCACUGGGUCAAGCAGCAACCUGGUUACAAACCCACUUCUGAUGCAUACAAUGUAUUGAUCUCCAUGGCUGGCGAGGCCAGGGAUUUUAGCUCUAUGAAACGUUUGAUGGAAGAAAUGGAUGAAGAUUUAUGCCCUAAAACAGUUAAAACUUGGACUAUAGUGAUAUCCCAAUAUGGGAAGGCUAAUUUGGCCGCAGAAGCUCUUGGGGCCUUUGAGGAGAUGGAGAAGUUAGGUAAUAUACUUGAUAAAACAGCACAUGAUGUGAUUAUCAGCAUUCUUUGCAAAGGGAAAAACAUUGGGCUUGCUUGUGGGCUUCACAAGAAAAUGGUCUCUAAAAAUUGGAUCCCUGAUUUAUCAACAUACAGGAUACUUAUGACGUGUUUGUGUGAGCAAGGUUGUCUCCGAAGAGCGCAAGCUUUGGGGGAUGAGAUGUGGACGAUUGCUCAUCUUCCUAGAAAGGAAGUUUAUUCUUAUCUUUUGGAGAGUUAUUGUAAAGCUGAUAGAAUUGAUCAAGCCCAUGCAAUAAUUGAUGAGAUUAAGCAGAGAAGGAUUUUGUCGGAGCCUGAGAUUUUCUGUGUGCUCAUUGAAGGUUCCUGCAGAAUAGGAAAAAUGCGUGGUGCAGUCGACUUAGUCAAGGCUAUGAAGCAGCGGAAUUGUAUUGUCGAUGAGAAUAUCUAUGGCCUCCUUGUUGAGGGUUACUUGAAAGCAAGACGAUUGGAGAAAGCAUUUAAAGUGCUCAAAAUUAUGAAAAGAGAAGCUUUCAUUCCUACUGUUUCCAACUAUACCUCAUUGAUUCGGUAUCUUUUUAGUGUGAAUAAAUCUGAGGAGGCCAUCAGGGUCUUCGAGGAAAUGCAGAGUUGUGGUCAUGGACCUGAUCUCAUGGCAAGCACUGAAAUGAUAGCUGGGGUAUUGAGUCAGGGCUAUAUUGCUCAAGCAUGGGAGCUUUUCAAUACCUUGAAAGAGAAGGGCAUUGAACCAGGCUGGAAAACCUAUUCUAUAUUCAUUAAAGGGCUUUGCAAAGCUGCAAGACCAGAGGAAGCUUGCAAGCUCUUGACUGAGAUGAGGGCAAGAACCAUUUAUCCGGGUGAGAAGAGUUUUCGAAGGGUUGUUGCCUCUUUAGAAAAUGAAGGGAAGCAAGACAGGGUGAUUGAAGUGAUGAAUUUGAAAAAAUCAUUUGAGCUUGUUCUCCAAAAAAAGGAUGUUGAAACAAGUACCAAUCCGAUUGAUUUCGAACAUGACCAUCCUAUAAAAGUGGAUGACAAGAGGCUCCAUAAAUCGAUAGACAACGAUAGGCUCCAUACAGAUAGUGAUGCUUUGCCACUUGAAAGUGAUUGGGAACAAAGCCCGCCCGGUCAAGAUUUCGAGGCAAGAUGCCUGUUGGAAAGAGAUUAUGUAGAAUCUGAUUUUCAGAAAAUACUUAAAAUUCUUCGUAAUUGUAAGGAAAGAUGCUCCAUGGAAGAGGCAUUACAAGAAAGCAAGGUGGUCUUUACCCCAUCUUUUGUUGAUGCAAUUUUGGAAAGCUGUCAGAGACAUGGAAAUGUUGCAUUAAGGUUUUUCUCUUGGGUAGGGCAGCAGUCUGGUUACAAUCAUACCACUGAAACUUUCAAUAUGGCCAUCAAAAUUGCAGGCAGUGCAAAAGACUUCAAGUAUAUGAGAAGUCUUUUAGAAGCCAUGGAUAGAGAAAAUUGCCCUGUUACAGCUGACACAUGGACCGUCAUACUGAUCCAGUAUGGAAGAGCAGGCUUGACAAAUCUUGCUUUAAAGAAAUUUGAAGAGAUGAAAGCUGAUAAAUGCAAGCCUAAUUUAAGUACAUAUAAAUUUCUCAUCACAUUUCUUUGUGGAAGGAAAGGAAGAAAUAUACCGGAAGCCAUCAAAAAGUUUCAAGAGAUGCUACGUGCAGGGUUUAUGCCAGAUAAAUCCCUUUGUGGUCUUUUUUUUACAUGUUUGUGUGAGAACAACCAAUUGAUUGAGGCUCGUAAAUAUGUUGAUGAUCUGCAGAGAAGGGGUUAUUUCACAAAUCAGAUAAUUUAUUCAAUUCUUUUAAAUAGUUAUUGCAGGGCAGGCAAAAUCUCAGAGGCCUUAGAGCUGGCGGGUGAAAUGAAAAAUAAAGGGUGUAGGAUUGAUGAAUACGUAUAUGGUAGCCUUAUACCUGGUUUUUUAAGAGUGGGUCAAUUGAAUGAGGCAUUGGAAACGUUGGAGAGUAUGAGGCGUGCUGGUUAUUCACCUACUGUUCAUAUCUAUACAUCUCUGAUUGUUUAUUUCUUUAGAGAGAAAAAAUCAAAAGAAGCCUUUUCAAUGUAUGAGAACAUGAAAAAGGAUGGCUGCGAGGCGACUGUUAUUACAUAUUCAACACUUAUCCGAGGGUAUAUGAAUGAAGGCUUCGAGUCUAAGGCUUGGGAUAUAUUCAAUUUAAUGAAGAGAAAAGGACCUGCACCAGAUUUUCAAACUUACACUACAUUCAUUAAUUGCCUUUGUAGAUCUGGUGAAUCAAAAAAGGCCUUGAACCUUUUGUAUGAAAUGAUGAAAACUGGAAUUUACCCCAGUGCUAGGAACUUCAAAACUGUGUUUUUUGGUUUUAACAGAGAAGGAAAGGAACAGGAAGCUCAUAGUGUGCUUCAAGCUAAAUGGGCCAUGUCAAGGAGAAGAAAAGCUUAGGGAAGCUUUUUCCCAGGUGCAUUUUCUCAAUAAAUGACACUUUGUAUUCAUUAACAUGAAAUGUUUGUUAUUAGAACAUAAGUAAAGGCAAAUUGUGAAUAUAUUAUUGGCAGUUAUGUUUGUAUACUUGGA